AUGACGGCCCCCGAUACAUCGCAAGAAGCCAAGACGGCCGGUCACGGGCAUGCGGCCCCCAAUACCAAUACCAAGACCAGUCUGGUGGAUACCUCGGAUGCCCUGACCCCGGAUCCAGGCACCGAGGACAUGUUCAAGGUUGAGCACAACAAAUUCGCCUUCAGUCCGGGUCAAUUAUCCAAGCUUCUCAACCCAAAGAGCCUCAACGCCUUUUACGCCCUUGGCGGUAUCGAUGGCCUGGAAAAGGGCUUGAGGACAGAUCGAAGUGCUGGUCUCAGUGUUGAAGAGUCGACACUCGACGGUGAGGUCGCCUUUCACGAUGUUGCGCCUGAGGGGACUCCAAGACAUGGCACAGCUGGAGAUUCUAUCCCAGAAGCCACCGCAGAGGCUGCAGUUCAUAUUCCUCCCCCAGAGGAUCCCCAUCCUACAGGCAUCUUUUGCGACCGCAAGAAGGUGUUUCGUGAUAAUCGUCUCCCCGAGAAAAAGACAAAGUCCUUGCUCGAAAUCGCCUGGAUAACAUACAACGACAAAGUUCUUAUUCUCCUCACUAUCGCUGCCGUCAUCUCCUUGGCUCUGGGCCUGUACCAGACUUUUGGUGGUGAUCACAAAGAAGGCGAGCCCAAGGUUGAAUGGGUUGAGGGUGUGGCUAUCAUAGUUGCCAUCGUUAUUGUCGUGCUUGUCGGUACCAUCAACGAUUGGCAUAUGCAGCGACAAUUCACACGGCUCACCAAGAAGACAAAUGAUCGCAUGGUAAAUGUUAUCCGCUCGGGAAAAUCGCAAGAGAUAUCCAUCUCCGAUAUCAUGGUAGGAGAUGUGAUGCAUCUCGCCACUGGAGACAUUGUCCCAGUCGACGGCAUCUUCAUCCAAGGCAGUGCCGUCAAGUGUGACGAGUCCUCGGCCACAGGAGAGUCUGAUUUGCUCAAGAAGUCGCCGGCGGCCGAUGUAUUCCACGCCAUUCAGAAGCUUGACGCCACAGAGGCUGAGAAGCUUGAUCCUUUCAUCAUCUCGGGCAGCAAGGUCAACGAGGGCAACGGAACAUUCCUGGUUACUGCAGUUGGUGUUAACUCCAGCUAUGGUCGCAUCUCAAUGGCAUUGCGUACUGAGCAGGAGGACACGCCGCUCCAGAAGAAGCUCAACAUUCUCGCGGACUGGAUCGCCAAGUUUGGUGCUGGCGCUGCCUUGUUGCUCUUCAUCGCCCUCUUCAUCAAGUUCUGCGCCCAUCUCCCCAACAACCACGGCAAUCCCUCCGAGAAGGGUCAAGAGUUCAUGAAGAUCUUCAUCGUUUCUGUCACUGUCGUCGUCGUCGCUGUCCCCGAAGGUCUCCCCUUGGCCGUCACACUGGCUCUUAGCUUUGCUACCGUCAAGAUGCUUCGUGAUAACAAUCUUGUCCGUGCCCUCAAGGCCUGCGAGACCAUGGGAAAUGCCACGACUGUCUGCUCUGACAAGACGGGAACUCUCACCCAGAACAAGAUGACGGUUGUUGCCACUACUCUUGGCAAGAGCAUCAGCUUCGGUGGCACUAAUGCUCCUAUGGACAAGUCGUUGAAGAUCGACCAGGAUGCCAUCACCAUCCCCAACGUGUCGGAAUCCGAGUUUGCAAACGGGCUCAGCCAGCAGGUCAAGGAAAUUCUCACACAGUCCAACGUGCUCAACUCGACUGCCUUCGAAGGCGAGCAGGAUGGUAUCAAGACCUUUAUCGGAUCAAAGACAGAGGUUGCUCUCCUGACCUACUGUCGAGACCAUCUUGGAGCAGGCCCUGUUCAAGAGAUUAGGACCUCUGCCCAGGUGGUUCAGACCAUCCCCUUCGACAGCAAGUACAAGUACAGUGCCGUCGUUGUCAAGCUGGCCAAUGGCAAGUACAGAGUGUACGCCAAGGGUGCCUCUGAGAUUCUCCUUGAGAAGUGCACCAGUACCCUAGAAACCGUGUCCCAAGGCGAGCCGACCACAGCCUCCCUGACAGACGCUGAUCGAAGCAUGUUCAACCUGAUCAUCAGCUCCUACGCCGGGCAGACGCUACGGACCAUUGCCUCCUCGUACCGAGACUUUGAGUCCUGGCCACCCGAGGGAGCAGUAUCCAAUGAUAACCCCAGCCAGGCUGACUUCAACGCUGUUCACAAGGACAUGACCCUGAUCGGCAUCUAUGGUAUCAAAGACCCUCUGCGACCGACCGUUAUCGACGCCCUCAAGGACUGCCGCCGUGCCGGCGUAUUUGUGAGAAUGGUCACUGGCGACAAUAUCCAGACGGCAUCUGCUAUCGCUUCCGAAUGUGGCAUCUUCCGCCCCGACGAGGGUGGUAUUGCAAUGGAAGGCCCAGACUUCCGUAGACUUCCACCCGAGGAGCUCAAGCAGAAGGUCAAGAAUCUCCAGGUCCUCGCUCGCUCAAGUCCUGAGGAUAAGAGGAUUCUGGUCCGCACCCUCAAGGAGCUUGGAGAGACUGUCGCUGUUACUGGUGAUGGAACCAACGACGCUCCCGCAUUGAAGAUGGCUGAUAUUGGUUUCUCCAUGGGUAUUGCUGGCACUGAGGUCGCCAAGGAGGCAUCCUCUAUCAUCCUGCUUGAUGACAAUUUUGCAUCCAUCGUCAAGGGUCUCAUGUGGGGUCGUGCCGUCAACGACUCAGUCAAGAAGUUCCUCCAGUUCCAAUUGACCGUCAAUGUCACAGCCGUGGUCUUGACUUUCGUCUCGGCAGUGGCAAGCAGCAAGCAAGAGUCUGUCCUGAAUGCUGUUCAACUGCUCUGGGUCAAUCUCAUCAUGGACACCUUUGCAGCACUUGCUCUGGCAACGGAUCCUCCCACUCGUAGUGUUCUAGACAGGAAGCCUGAUCGAAAGUCUGCCCCUCUCAUCACCUUGCGAAUGUCCAAGAUGAUCAUUGGCCAGGCCAUUUGCCAGCUUGCCAUCACCUUUGUUCUGAACUUUGGUGGGAAGAAGAUCCUUGGUUGGUACGAUGACUCUGAGAAUGAUGCCAAGGCUCUGAAGACACUCGUCUUCAAUACCUUUGUUUGGUUACAGAUUUUCAACGAAAUCAACAAUCGUCGACUGGACAACAAGUUGAACAUCUUUGAAGGUCUUCAUCGCAACAUCUUCUUUAUCAUUAUCAACAUCAUCAUGGUUGGAGGUCAAGUCCUUAUCAUCUUUGUCGGCGAUGAGGCUUUCGAGAUUGUGCGCCUAAAUGGAAGGGAAUGGGGACUUUCGAUCGGACUCGGAGCCAUUUCUCUGCCCUGGGGAGCACUCAUCAGACUUUGUCCUGACGAGUGGGUUGAGGCUUGUCUCCCUGGGUUCAUCCACAGGAGGUGGCUAGCCCCUCCUGCUGAAGACCUCGCCUCGGAGAAGUCUCUCGAUUCUGACGAUGAUGACUUUGCACGACCGCCGCUGCGUGUCAUGAGCUCCAUCCGUGGACCUCGCGUACAGCAACACAUUGGUUUCCGGGAGAGAAUGCGUAGAUACAAGGAGAAGACCCAGGAAAAGGCACAGGAGACAAAAGAAAAGGCGAAGGAUGUGAAGGACAAGGCGAAAGGAGCUGGGUCUGAAGUUGCUGAAAAGUAGAUCAAGGCAAGGGCCUCGAAACCCUAAUUAGACUAGCUUCUCUCGCAAGGGAACAAUUUAUCAGUUUAAUCUUCCCAUAAA